AGCCAUAAUUCAAUGGAAAAAGAGAAGAGUAAAUGGAGUAAUAAUUCCCAAAAUAGUAGUUUGAUUUGGCACAAAAAGGCAAUGCCUAAUAGAAUAUUAAACCCUGGGGGGGAAGCAUUUUAGGGACUUCCCAUUGCUGGGAUUUAAGAGACCCCCAUCCCCCAAAAUCUAUUUGAUAGGUUCAGACUGCCAUUCUUAUUGUCAACUUUCCACUCUUCCUCUGGCCUGCCUCAUACACUUGGACUUGACUCGGGUACCCCCCCAACGGCCCCUACACGUAGUUUCUCGGCAGAUGAUGGCACCGUAUGCACAAAUCUAACAUCACAGUUGGCCACUUGAGCUGAUCCCUACACUGAAGUGAAGUAGAGACUUUAAUUUGAACUGACAGAACUUCCAUAAAAAGACUACUUUUUCAGGACAACAAGCCAAUAGCACUUCAGCCAAUUACACAGUUGAAUUUUCCAUUUUCCAAUAGGGGCUUCAAUUCAAUCUCAAAUUGGCAUGUACUGAUAUCUGCAUAUGUUUACAUCAGGCCAUAUAUUGUUCAUUUACAAAUUUCAUGUAGCCUUAGCCUGCAUCUGUUGCAGCAGAGCGAGUCAAGGAGCUAUACCAAGUUCCCCACAAGCACACCCUCAUGAAAUUCACGUGCUUAGGGACCCACGACACCCACCUCCCACCCCACUCACCUCUGACAGGAUACAACCUAGUAGGGGCCGGCCAGUCGAUACUGGAAAUCCUACUUGUAGAAUAGGCUACAGCGGUAGUGCAUGCAUACAAAAAAAAAAAACGUAACUAAGACAUUGUCAAGAGAAACAAGACAGGCGUAUAAAUUAUAAACCAUGAAGUAGAAAGGCGACACCGUGAAUGGUCUUUGUAUAGACAGUUAUAAUUGCUUUAAGUGGUAAUAGCAUCAUCAAAAAAAGGUAGUAACAGAUAAAGGCAGAUUAUGUGGUUGUAACAGUUACCAUUGCUUUAAGUGGUAAUAGCAUCCUCAAAAAAGGUUGUAACAGAGAAGGCAGACUAUGUGGCUGUAAGUUGUAACUGUGGGGAGAAAUUACUAGAUAUGGAAUCUAGUACUUAUUUUAUUCCUGUAAUAGGUAACAUCUAAAAUAUCUGACGUUUAAAUGUCAGUUAUUCUGUGUAAUAAGUAAUAUCUAAUACAUCUGAUUGUCAAAUAUUAACAUCUAUAAUUUCUUUUUUAGGUAACAUUGAAUAUAUUUGACGUUCAAUAACUUGCAACUCAUUUCUUUAUCUCUGACUUCCUUUGUACCAAAGAUAUGUGAAAAUCUUCACUUUCUUUUCCUCAACUUUUUUGCAGAAACCAAAAAGGAAAGCCAAAGUAAGCACACUCACAAUCAACACAAGGUAAUGGAUUGGAGUCACCGUAGAAUAUGUGACUCUGUUUGACCAUACCGCCCAAACCUUCCCCUUUAAAUUCUCCACUUUCUUUCAUUUCGUUGUGCUCUUCUACACCUCUCCUUUAGCUUUUACCCACAGAACAUCCAGAAUCUCUCUCUCACUCUCUCUCUCAGACACACUCUUACGCACAUACAAGACAGAUACUCACAAGCAUAUCCUCAAGAGAUGGGGUCACCAGAUUGUAGCUUUCUCAAACAAAACAACGUUAUAUUCCUUUUCAUGAUUCUGGUGUUGAGCUGUAUGCCCGAUAGAACCAACCUUUGUUCUAAUCACUCUUUUGACACCCCGACCAUUCCACCUUAUUCAGGCUCCUCCAGUAUCCCCUUGUCUUUGAAAACACUUACUCUAGAUGGCUACUUCAGCUUUGAGAACCUUGAACAUGCCGCCAAAGACUUCGGUAACAUAUAUCAAUACCUCCCCAUGGCAGUUCUACACCCAAAAUCAGUUUCUGAUAUUUCUUCCACAAUAAAGCACAUCUUUGAUAUGGGUUCUGCAACAAAGUUGACAGUUGCAGCUAGAGGCCAUGGUCACUCCCUUCAAGGUCAGGCACAAGCCUAUCAAGGCGUGGUUAUCAACAUGGAAUCACUUGAACGACCAAGCAUGUAUGUUAAAACCAGUGAGGCGCCUUAUGUGGAUGUUUCAGGCGGUGAGUUGUGGAUUAACAUCCUGCAUGAGACUCUUAAAUAUGGUCUUUCACCUAAGUCCUGGACAGACUACCUUCAUCUAACUGUCGGCGGAACUUUAUCAAAUGCCGGGAUAAGUGGUCAGGCAUUUCGGCACGGACCCCAGAUACAUAACGUUUAUCAACUAGAGGUUGUAACAGGAAGCGGAGAAGUGAUCACCUGUUCAGAUAAGAAGAAUGCUGACCUCUUUUAUGGUGUUCUUGGGGGACUAGGUCAAUUUGGCAUCAUCACCCGGGCUAGAAUAUCUCUUGGACCGGCAGAAAAGAUGGUGAAAUGGAUCAGGGUUCUUUACUCUGAAUUGUCUACAUUUUCCAAUGACCAAGAGCAUUUAAUAUCAUCCAAGAAUUCAUUUGACUACAUCGAAGGGUUUGUCAUAAUAAACAGAACUGGUCUCCUCAACAACUGGAGAUCUUCCUUCAAUCCUAAAGACCCAAUUCAAGCAAGCCAAUUCAGUUCAGAUGGAAAAUUACUUUACUGUCUAGAAAUGGCUAAAUACUUUAACCCAGAAGAGACAGAUAUUUUAAACCAGAAUAUCGAGAAGUUAUUGUCAGAGUUAAACUAUAUUCCAUCCACACUCUUUCUAUCCGAAGUUUCUUACGUGGAAUUCCUCGAUAGAGUGCACUUGUCUGAGAUAAAACUCAGAUCAAAAGGGUUAUGGGAAGUUCCUCAUCCAUGGCUGAAUCUACUUAUACCCAAAAGCAGAAUUUUCGACUUUGCUCAAGAGGUCUUCGGUAAUAUUGUUAAAGACAACAGUAAUGGUCCUAUCCUCAUUUACCCAGUCAACAAGGCCAAGUGGAACAAUAGAACAUCCCUGGUUACCCCAGAGGAAGAUAUAAUCUACAUGGUGGCAUUCCUAUCAUCUGCACUCCCAUCAUCCACAGGAACUGAUGGCUUGGAACACAUUAUAACCCAAAACCAACGUAUUCUUGAUUUCUGUGCCAAGGCACAGCUGGGGGCAAAGCAAUAUUUGCCCCACUACAGCACCCAAGAAGAGUGGCAAGUUCAUUUCGGUCCACAAUGGGAAACUUUUGUACAGAGAAAAUCUGCAUAUGACCCUUUGGCGAUCCUUGCUCCUGGACAGAGAAUCUUCCAAAAGGCAAUAUCAAUCUCAUAACACUGCCUCUUGCCAAGGCCAUAUA